GAGCGGGGCCGCCGCCUGGAGGCGGCGUGCCGGGAGCGGGACGGGCUCUGCGCGGAGCUCGGGGAGGAGCGGGAGCUCCGCGUGCUCGCGGUGGCCGAGUUGGGGCGCAGGGGGCAGAGCGCCGCGGCCCACGAGCUGCGGGCUGCGGAGGGGGAGGCGCGCCUGGAAGCGGAGGCCGCAGCCGCGCGAGGGCUCGCGGGCGAGCUGCGGGAGGCGCGCCGCGAGCUGGCGGAGACCUCUGCGCCCGCGGCGGCUGCCGAGGCAGCCCUGCGCCAGCUCGAGGCGGAGGCGAUGGCCGAGCGCGUCGCGCUGGCGGAGGCGCGGCGGGGCGAGGAGGCGCUGCGGGCCGAGCUCGGGGCCGCGCGCGGGGCGCAGGGCGCGCUGAGGGAGGCAGCCGCGGCGGAGGCGGCGCGCGAGCUCGAGGCGCUGCAGGGCGAGCUCGAGGCCGCGCGCGGGGCGCAGGGCGGGCUGCUGCGGGAGGCGGCGGGGGCGGGGGCGGCGCGCGCGGCGGCGGAGCGGGCCGAGGGCGAGGAGAGGGUCGCCGCCCGGUCCCGGGACGCCGCAGAGGCGGCGGCGGCCCAGGCACGCGCAGCCCGGGACGAGGCCGUCGACGAGCGCGACGGGCUGGCAGAGGAGUGCGCAGGGUUGCGGGCCGCGUCCAGCCUCGCCUCGGAGGCGCUGGCGCGCGCGGAGGGGGCUCGCGACGCCGCCGAGGGGAGGCUGCUGGAGGAGGUGGAGGCGUGCGCGCUCCUGCGGGAGCAGGCUGCAGCCGCGGGCGCCCGCGUGGCUGCGCCGGAGCAGAGCGCCGAGGGGCUGGUGCAGGAGAUCGAGCGCCUGGGCGAGCGGCUCUACCGCCUCGGCGAGGCGCGCGACGCCUGGCGGGAGCGCGCGGAGGCCGCGGAGGCAGCCCCUGCCAGCAGCGCCGCCGCCGCCGCUCCGCUUGGGCGCG